CAAAGUUGGCUGUGACUUGUAAAUUCCUAGGAAUAAUUUCUUUAAAACUUUAGCACUCUUGGAUGGGGAGUGCGGGCAUGGAGGUUUUUGCAAGCUAGCCAGCUGGCUUCUCAUUUGUGUUUUGGCACAGGGGCCUCAAGCAUGCUAAGUAAGCUUGUCCCCAGCCCCGGCCAGCUAAUUCUAAGGCACAGUCGGUAGGUGUGGGCAACCCUGGGCCUGUCCCUGAUGGCCCUUCCACGCUUUGAUGCUCUCUACACUUCCUUUCUAGGACAUGUUUUACACUUCAAAUGAAAACUUAAUAGGAACACUAUUGUGAGACCCCGGCAAUGAAUAGAUUUUUCAUCCAGGACAAAACCUGGAUACUGUUCUUCCUUUCGUCUGCUUCCCCACCAACCCCUACUUCUUAGCAGCGAGAGGCGGGAUGGAAAGAUUCCUGACGAAGCGCACACAGGCAUACUGUGUUGGGAAGGGGGAGCACCAAGAACAAACUGAAGAAGAGCCAGGAACAUUAGGCAAAGAGCCAGCAGGCCCGAGAAAGAGGCCCAGGAGGGAGAGCCUGGAGAGCGCCGUCCUCGAGGCGGGCCCCAGCUGGCGGCACAUCCGGGCCGAGGGCUUGGACUGCGAUUACACGGUCCUGUUUGGCAAAGCUGAGGCAGAUGAGAUUUUCCAAACAUUGGAGGAAGAAGUAGAGUAUUUUACAGGGGCGCUGGCCAGAGUCCUGGUGUUUGGGAAGUGGCAUGACGUGCCGAGGAAGCAGGCGACAUACGGUGAUGCUGGGCUGACCUACACAUUUUCAGGCCUUACGCUGUCUCCGAAGCCCUGGAUUCCAGUGCUAGAGCGUGUGCGGGAUCGAGUCUCUGGAGUGACAGGACAGACUUUCAACUUUGUGCUUGUCAACAGGUAUAAAGAUGGCUGUGACCACAUCGGGGAGCAUCGAGACGACGAAAGAGAACUGGCCCCAGGAAGUCCCAUUGCCUCUGUCUCCUUUGGAGCCUGUAGGGACUUCUUCUUCCGGCACAGGGAGUCUCGAGGGAAGAACCCCUGCCGGAGGGUGGAGGCCAUCAGGGUGCAGCUGGCCCAUGGAAGCUUGCUGCUGAUGAAGCCCCCUACCAACACCCACUGGUACCACAGUCUUCCUGUCCGCAAGAAGGUCCUGGCUCCAAGGGUCAAUCUGACGUUUCGUAAAAUUUUGCCUACUAAGAAAUAAAAUUUUUUUUUUAUUAUU